CGCUACCAGGCUACGAGCCAUGGCGGACGCCGGGAGGAGACCCGGGAAGCCGCGGGACUGGCAUCAGGACCGGCCGGCGGUGGUGGCGGUAGGAGAGCAGCCGUGGCCGUGGCGGCAGCAGCAGCACCAGCAGCAGCACCGCCCCCCUCCCUCCCGAGGCACCACACUGGCCUCUUUGGACGCCCCUGCCGAGGCCCGAGGCGGAGGCGGCCUUCUGGACAAACCGCUAUGUCGCGCCCUGUGCACGGCCAGAGGUGAGGGCCCCGGGCCGGGUUAGAUGUCCCUACUGGCCCGUGAUGGGGUGGGUCAGGGCGGUACGAUGUCGCCGACCCGCCCCCUUCCCCUCGUGGAAUGAGGCGCCCGGGCUGCGAUGGGGGGGGGUGCGUUUGUAGCUCCUCCUCCUCCCCCGCCGCUGCCCGCUGGUGAGCUCGGUGUGCGCGAAGCCACUGGCAGCUUCCCCAGAUGGGGCGGGCAAAAGGGCUGUUGCCUCGCGGGGACGGGGUGCUUGCCAGCCAGAUGCUGCCACCCCCCUCUUCGCAGGCUGCCCAAAAGUCGCGAGGGGCAGGCCUGUGCAGCGGCAUAGCGUGGGUUGUCAGCACCGGGGCAAGGCAAGUAAUUUGCGCCCCCUAACCCGGGGCAAUGCAAGUAAUUUGUGCCCCCUAACCCCUAACUUGCCGCCGCUGCCAGCUUCUUCUUGCUGCUGCCUGGUCUGGUCUGGUGUGGUUCUCUUCCGCGCUCAGCGCUGCGCUGGGCGGCCGCUGCACUGUCCCUCCCCAGAUAGUCCCUCGCUCUCUCUCCGCACCGCACGCCUGGCACCCACCCCCUCCACAGUGGGCGGCGACCCAGCGGCUCGGAUCGGAUUCGCACAGCCAGCACUGCAGUGAGAGUGAGUGAAUGAGCCAGGUAGGGGCAGAGAGCUGCGAGUGCGAGCGCGCCCCCCCCAGAUGUUGCGCCCAGUGCGGCCGGCCCCCCCUGCACCCCCCAUGCUACUCCACUGGGCCUGUGGCCCCACAGCUUGCUGGCAAGGGCACUGAGUGAGUGCUGCUCAGCCGUCAAUCCUCAGGCCUCCGUGGUCAGCACAAGCUCCCUCCAGGGAGUGGAGUGGCACCCACGAGGCUUCCAGGUCACCCCAGUUUCCUCCCGGCCUAAAAGAGGGGUGAAUAAACUUUUUCAGCCCAAAGGCCAUAUUCCAUUCUAGUCAACUUUACAGGGGCCAUAUGGCCAGUGUGGGUGGGGCAACAAAUGUUAAUUUAUUCACACAUCCCUUUCUCCCUGUGUCUCCACCAGGGGAGCAAGAUAAAUUAUCAGAAUUCAAGGGGGCAUUCUUGCAGCAGGUAAAACACUGCAGGGGCGUGAGGUGAGGCUUGCAUGGGGCAUGGCCUGGGGAAGUCCCAAAAGCCAUGUAGAGGAACCCAGGAAACCAUAUUUGAUGCCUGGGGUUCCCUAUCCCUGGUCUUAAACUAAGGGUGAAACAUGAGGGGAGCUCUGAGGUCACUACCCCAGGAAUGAAAAGUCUUUCAAUGUGGCAUUGGGGCAGAAGAUGCCCUGGUAGAAACAGGGAAGGAAGGAUAGUCGCUGCCUGCUCAGAUAUGCUCCCUUAACCCCAGUAAGAUUUGGGAUCCAAUCUACCCACAAAGCUGACCUCUAAGAGUGGGCCUGGAGGGGCCAAGUGCCUUCCCCGUUUCUCCAUCUUCCACACAGACUGAGGGCCCCACAGCACUAGAGAAAUGGCACUAACAGCACCCCUCUGCCCUUGCUUCUUCUUAGCCUGCUGCCAACAGCUCCAGCUCCUCCUCUGCAUGCUGAUUGUCAUCUGCAGCUCAGUCUCCUACAAUUCGACAGGUGGCUACACUGGUCUUUUCAGUCUGGGGAGCAUUUACUACUACCAAUACGGCGGGGCCUACAGUGGCCUCAGUGGAGCUGACGGGGAGAAGGCACAGCAGUUGGAUGCUCAGUUCCACCAACUCAAGGUGCCACCGGCCCAGGUGGCCAUGGCGGUUGGAGGGGCGCUGAUGGCCUUUGCCUGCUUCCAGAUUGUGGCUAGUCUCUUCCGAGUGCCCUGGCAUUGCCCAGCCUGGCUGAUAGCGGAGGCCAUUCUGGAUGUGGCCAUUGCAAUUGGUCUUGUGCCAGCUUUGUACUUCUACUACCAUCGCCUUCACGAGAUCUAUGCCUCCUCUCUGUGCAAAGAGCGAGAGAACCUCUACCAGAGCAAAGGCUACAGGGGCUUUGGCUGCAGUUUGCAUGGAGCAGAGAUCGCUGUGGGCUUCUUUGCUGGGGCGGCCAUUGUGGCCUUCGCUGUUGCUGUUGUGUUGGCUGUCCGUGGCUUCAAGAUUGUCCGGACCCUCCAAGCAAAACCAUCAUCACACAGCUAUGAGCCCUAGCUUGGCCUCUGCUGCCUGAGUUGAAGGGAGAGCAGGAUGGAGCAGCAUAUUAAGCCAAGCUAAGCAGUGCCUUUGAACCAUGUACAGUGGUGGCAGUGAUCACUUUCUGUCUAAACCUUCACAGUUUUGUAAACAUUCUCCAAGCUCCUAUUUCUUUCCCAUCAUACAUACCGAUGCAAAGUCUAGCAAGACUACUCCCUGCUCCUCUUUAAUAUAGAUCAUCACCUGUAAUGCAAGAAGACCAACUUGGUCCCAUCACCAACCAGCACUUGCUUUCUUCCCUCUGCAUUCCUUUUUCCUUUCUGAUCAUGCCCUUAGAGUGAGACUGUUGACCAGAGACUUUCAAUAUAUGCCUUGGGGCAAAGUCCCAUCUUGUUGGUACCCCCAGAAAAAACUCCAGUCCUCUUAUAGAAAGCAAAAUCUGUGUCUUUUUCCACCCACCCCUUCUUACAAUGCCAGAGAAAACGUUUUUCAUUCCUUCUUCCAUUCACCUCAUUGAGCUGCUUCCUUCAUGAGGAAGUUACACAUUUGCCUUGAAGGCAAAUGCUUCUACUAGAUGUUCUGUGCAGUCUUGUUUCAAAUUGUUUUCAUUAUGGAAUAUAGUACUUUUGUACAAUAAUAAAACCACUACCUUGGUAAUUCACUUUAAAUGCGUAUGUCAAAAGA